AGUUUGAAUCGUUCGCAUCGGGUGCUCGCGUUUGAAUGUUGUACGUGUAACUCAACCCUCUCUUUCUCUCGCUGGACUGAAAACCAAGUGAAACGGUCGCACAAAACCCAAUUAAAGUUUAUAAUUAAUCGGCGAAAAGGUCACGCUGGUCGAGAGUUGAAAGUGCCACCAGCAAAUUUGCGGAUUCAGUGGAUCGAUUUGAAAACUCCAAUCCAUCUCGCUCCGUGUGGCUGUAUACCGACUGGCGUACUGUGUUCGUGUGUACCUUCGAGGUAUCGAGAGGCAUCGAGGUAUCUAAGCGCACAUCUACACUGGGUCUGGCUGCCUGUUGGACCUGGAGUUAAAGUUGGAAACUCGUUUUUCAAAACCAAAACGACGAAAAAAAAAAGUCUGCACAAAACGAGUAAAUAAGCGCGGCCGCGAAGAAAACAACAGCAGCAACUAAAGCUAAAAGUGGGGGGGGAAAAGUAAAGCACAAUAAUAUAGGAAAAGCAAAAGCAGAUCCAGAACCAAAACCAAAACCUGACGGCCAGGCUUCCAGUGAUUUGGUUCGGUUUGGUUUUUGGUCGUCGCUCGCCCUUCUGCAUUCUUUUCGCUUGUUUACUUAUUUUCGUGUGCUGUGCGGUUGCUUCACUUGUUGCAGCUGCACAUACGUUCGCCCAAACAUAUACAUAUAUCCCGCUCGCAACAUACGUAUGUAUAUAUAUUUAUUCGGACUCGGUUUCGGGUUCGGUCUGUAUGGCAUAGAUAUAGAUACGGUGCCUGCCAGAGCCUGUGCGGAAAACGAAAAACGAAAUACGAAUACGAAAACCUGUUCCUCCGGCCAUUUGCGAGUGUAUCGGUGGCGGUGAGUGCCUGUAUACGGAAUUAUUCAAAUAAGAAAAUCGCCGUCUUGGUCGUCGUAGUCGUGGCCACACAAAUGUUCAACAACGAUGGCCACAUUGGGCCUGUCAAAAGUCUUCAUACUGGAUAAAUACUUUACCGAAUUGCAAAAAUUUUGGGAGACGGAGAAGAAGCUGCAGGAUGCAUCUUCAUCCAACGAGGCAGUUCAUCUGCAACAGCGGCUCAAAAGCCUGAGCACCGAAUUGGUGACUCUGCGAAACCGCCUGCAUGUGGGUCAUGGACCGGGUCAGGGUCAGAGCCAGGGUAAUGGCGCGCAGCCCGUCGCCCCAGGUCCCAAUGCGGGUCCCAAGGCCAACAACUUUGACCUAAACGCAUCCAGUCCGAAUCUCAAUCUGAGCUCCAGCGGCGCAGGACUUUCAGCCAGCGCAGUUCAGCAACACACCAAUGGCCAUCACACGACAUCGAAGAAUCACAGCUUCAGCCACACAUUGCCUGCGAAUUCAGGUUCCGGCGGAGGAGGUGGCGCUGGAGGUGGGGCGGUGGUGUCGGCGAGGAACACGUCGAUUCCACAUCCACUUCCGCACCAGCUGGCCGAGAAGCCGGGCCUGUCGCAUCAGCAGAGUGGCAGCGGACAUGGCCAGUCCACCGGGACACUGCCACACAUGAGCGGCAUGGGAAAUAUCCUGGGGCCAGGUUCCCACUCCCAUGCACCGGUCAACAACAACAGCAACAACUCCAACACGCUGCCCAUGCGCUCGUCCAACUCUGGACACCUGGGCACCAAUGGCGGAGGCGUUGGCCACCAUCUCAGCCACGCCCACAGCCAGCAAUUGCCAUUCAUCCCGCAGUCGAAGCACACGAAUCCCUGCCAGAGUGUGAAGACUCUGCCCUUUGGAUUCGGAUUCUCCGAGAGUCAGCAGAAGAUGCAGCAGCAGCAGCAACAGGGCAACUCCUCGCCCAAGAACAUGCAGGAUCUGAUCCAUUUGUCGGGACCGCUCACCGAGCACGCCGUGAUGCGAACGCUCCAGGCCCGCUUCAACGAGCAGCGGUACUUUACGAACGUGGGUCCGAUCUUGCUCUCCAUCAACCCGUACCUGGACGUGGGCAACCCGCUGACCCUCACCUCCACCCGCGCCAUGCCGCUGGCCCCGCAGCUGCAAAAGAUCGUCCAGGAGGCAGUGCGUCAGCAGAGCGAGACGGGCUAUCCGCAGGCCAUCAUUCUAUCGGGAACAUCGGGCGCUGGAAAGACGGCCAAUGCGAUGCUGAUGCUGCGCCAGCUCUUCGCCAUCGCCGGCGGAGGGCCAGAGACUGAUGCCUUCAAGCACCUGGCAGCUGCAUUCACAGUACUUAGAUCCCUGGGAUCGGCCAAGACCACGACCAACUCGGAGUCGAGUCGCAUUGGCCAGUUCAUCGAGGUACAGGUCACGGAUGGGGCUCUUUACCGCACCAAGAUUCACUGCUACUUCCUGGACCAGACGCGCGUCAUUCGUCCACUGCCGAAGGAGAAGAACUAUCACAUCUUCUAUCAACUACUGGCUGGCCUCAGUCGGGAGGAGCGCCAGAAGCUCCACCUGGAUGGCUACUCGCCGGCCAAUCUGCGCUACCUGCGAGGAGACAUCGGCCAGAACGAGCAGGAGGAUGCGGCGCGGUUCCAGGCGUGGAAGACCUGCCUCGGCAUCCUGGGCAUCCCAUUCCUGGACGUCGUUCGUGUCCUGGCCGCCGUUUUGCUGCUGGGAAAUGUUCAGUUUAUUGAUGGAGGGGGUCUCGAGGUGGAUGUGAAGGGUGAAACGGAGCUGAACUCGGUGGCCAGUCUACUCGGCGUUCCGCCGGCUGCCCUCUUCCGUGGACUGACCACCCGUACUCACAACGUUCGUGGCCAGCUGGUGAAGUCCGUGUGCGGCGAUGGUGAUGCCAACAUGACGCGGGACUGCCUGGCAAAGGCGCUCUACUGCCGCACGGUGGCCACCAUUGUGCGGCGGGCCAACAGCCUGAAGCGCCUGGGAUCCACGCUGGGCACCCUAAGCUCGGACUCGAAUGAAUCGGUGCACAACCAGGCGGAUGUCGCCUCUCAGCACGCCUCCACCAUUGGCGGUGGCAAUGCGGGCUCCAAGUCGAUGGCGGCCCUCAAUAAUGCAGUGCGCCAUGCCACCUCCGAUGGCUUCAUCGGAAUCCUGGACAUGUUCGGCUUCGAGGAGCCCUCGCCACAUGCCCAUCUGGAGCACUUGUGCAUCAACCUGUGCGCCGAGACCAUGCAGCACUUUUACAACACGCACAUCUUCAAGUCUUCCGUGGAAUCCUGCCGCGACGAGGGCAUCGUUUGCGACACAGAGGUGGACUAUGUGGACAAUGUGCCCUGCAUCGAUCUGAUAUCUUCGCUGCGAACCGGUCUGCUCAGCAUGCUGGAUGCGGAGUGUUCGGUUAGGGGCACUGCCGAGAGUUAUGUGACCAAGUUGAAGGUGCAGCACCGCAGCUCCACUCGCUUGGAAACGAAACCCACCGCCGAACCACACGAUCCACGCAUGUUUCUCAUUCGUCACUUUGCCGGGCGGGUGGAGUACGAUACUACGGACUUUCUGGACACCAACCGGGAUGUGGUGCCCGACGAUCUGGUAGGUGUCUUCUACAAGCACACCUGCAACUUUGGUUUCGCCACCCAUCUCUUUGGCUCCGAGCUGAAAGCCCUGUAUGCUCAGCAGCAGGCUCCAAGGGGUCUGAGCUUCCGGAUCUCGCCCACAUCACACUCGGAUCUGCUGAACGGGGACGAGCCGGUGUCCACGCUGACCCAAGACUUUCACACCAGGCUGGACAAUCUGCUGAGAACCCUGGUGCACGCCAGGCCGCACUUUGUGCGCUGCAUCCGGAGCAACGGAACCGAAGCUGCCGGCAGCUUCGAUAGGGCUACGGUGGUGCGCCAGAUACGAUCCCUGCAGGUCCUGGAGACGGUCAAUCUGAUGGCCAGUGGGUUCCCGCAUCGCAUGCGCUUUAAGCAGUUCAAUGCCCGCUACCGUAUGCUGGCCCCAUUCCGCCUCUUGCGACGUACCGAGGACAAGGCUCUGGAGGAUUGCCAGCUGAUUCUGCAGUACGCAAUGGAGCAGCCGCCAGUGCUGGAUGGCUCUGUGACCCUGGCCUGGGCUCCUGGCAAGCGUCAUGUCUUCCUUAGCGAGGGCAUUCGCCAGCACUUGGAGCACUUGCGCACCGAGAUCAGGCACAAGAGCGCCACCCUGAUGCAGGCCACUUGGCGAGGCUGGUGGUGGCGCAAGAAAAUGGGCAGUGGCGGGCCCAAGCGCUCCAAAAUCCCAGGUCUUCAACAGGCGCCACUGCCGAACAACAAGACCACGCCGAACUCCGCCGCACAGAGCAAGGCCGCAUCCUCCACAAUGGCCGCCCUUGCCGCUGUGGCAGCUGCUGCUCCCAUUUCUGUACCACGCCUCUCGGCCAAGACAACGAACCUGGGCAUUGGAGGCACUAUGGCCAGACCAAGGCCACAACCAAUUGCUGGAACUCCUCCACCGGAUCCGCAGGAGAAGUGCGACCAGAAGAUCAUACAGCAGACCUGUAACCUGUUUGGACUCGAUUUGGAACGUCCGCCGCCAGUUCCGCCGUCUCGUUCCUACACGAUCACCGGGAACUCGAAAAUAAGCUAUCCCCAAAACCGGGUCAUGAAGAUGAACUUUCCAGAGGAGGGACAGUCGGAGGCGCCGCAGCUAAAGAAGGGCGAGGCGGUGACCGUGGUCGGGGCCUCCACCGUUCGGGGUCACCUUAUGGUGGAGCACAAGGGGCAGAGCUUCCACGUUCCCUUCCAGUUCAUGACACUCAGUAAAUAAGGACUACUGGUGGAAUCUAACUGGUUAUUAUUCCAUCUGGUCUGGUCGAUGGUGUAAGAAUUUAAAGGAUGGGGAUGUCUGGCUCUUUUCGUUUUCAACUCUUCCUGAUCUUAGACAUCCCAAUUCUAAAAAACUGUAAAUAUUCCACUUGGUAGAUUAAAUAACAAGCAUUCUGUCUACGAAGCGCAUGCUAACUGAGGUGCUCUAAUUGGCCCCUGACUAACUUAGUAUUAUUAUUUUCGCGUUUAUAAAUAAACGCCAAUCGAUAGGUUGUAGCUUCAAUUACAUCCACAAGUGCCAAUCAAAUAAGUUCUUCCAUCUAAUUCAUAAGUAUUUUACACGUUACUGAGAUUACAUUAUUUGCCGUUAAGUAAUUAGUUAACUAAGUUUCAACAACGAUGUUCAUUUAUUAUUUUUGAGUUCACUAAAGAAUUGUGCAUUUUAUUAGACUAAGGUUCAUUUCGUCAUUCAAAUAAGCGAAGCAUGCAUUGAAAUAUAUAAAUUAUCUUUUAUUACAUAAAAAGGCGAUGUUUUUUACAAAAUUACUAGGUGUAGUUAAUUUUUCUGU